GGAAACUGGAAACACUGUAGAAGUGGUAAUUUUCGUAGCGUAUUGCUGUCCGUCAUCAAUAACUCGCGUAAUUCGGGCGUGUGCUCAUUUUGCGAAUAUAUUGAAAGAAACUAACCAUUUUACAUCGUUAUCUAAGCACACGAGCGUCCGCGCCAUCGUUUGCCGCUCAGAGACUGUCAUGAUAUCGUCCUUUCCACCACACCCUUGGGUAUCGUGAACCGUAGACGUGAACUGUUGCGUCUUGAGUCUGUAUUGCCGACGGCAGCGUUUGCGGCUGUUCAGCGUGUUGGAUUACGUUAAUCUGUGUUCGGUGUAGUGUUAUGUGUAUAAGUUACCGGCUCAAGUAGUUGUGUUGAAGAGCGCGGGGCAGAUUGAUGGGCAGUGUCGUGCGCGUCUGGCAGGCGGCUGAGGGGCCGCAGCGGCGGGUUCUUGCUUCGUGGAGAGUCUACGAUAAAAUCAGCCACACUGGAACUGAUGGAAUUAGAGAAUAUCGUCGCGAACACUGUUUAUUUGAAAGCCAGAGAGGGAGGUUCCGAUAGCAAUAAGGGCAAAAGUAAGAAGUGGCGGAAAAUCCUUCAGUUCCCACACAUAUCACAAUGCUUAGAUAUAAAAACAAAAAUAGAUGUAGGUUACGACUACGUGGUGGACCAGCAGCCGAUCGGCAAGCUGCUGUUCAGACAGUUCUGUGAGAGGAACAGGCCGCAGUAUCACAAGUACAAUAACUUUCUCGAUGCGUUUUGCUUGCAGACAGACAGGUAUGAGGUGGAGGUUGACGAGACGCGCGCGGCGCUCGCGGCCGAGGUGUUCGGCAGGUACCUCAAGACUGAAGACUCGGAGGCCGUGACUGACGUCGUCAGCAAGCAGGUCAUCGAUGAAGCUAGCGAUGUUAUAGAUGGCGGCUCUAAAGACAUAUUCAUAGAAUGCGUGCGAUGCGUGAAGAGUUUCCUCGCGGGCGCUCCGUUCGCGGAGUUCGAGCGCUCGAUGUACUUCCACCGCUACCUGCAGUGGAAGUGGCUGGAGGCUCAGCCGGUCACGCAGCACACCUUCAGAAUGUACCGGGUGCUCGGCAAGGGCGGCUUCGGAGAGGUCUGCGCUUGUCAGGUCCGAGCCACAGGAAAAAUGUACGCUUGUAAGAAAUUAGAAAAGAAACGCAUAAAGAAGAGAAAGGGUGAAGCGAUGGUGUUAAUAGAGAAGCAAAUCCUUCAGCGAAUCAACUCGCGGUUCGUCGUGAACCUGGCGUACGCGUACGAGACCAAGGACGCGCUCUGUUUAGUACUCACUAUUAUGAAUGGCGGUGAUCUAAAGUUUCACAUCUACAAUAUGUGUGGCGCGGAGACCGGCUUGGGAAUAGAGCGAGCGAGGUUCUACGCCGCGCAGGUUGCAUGCGGUCUCGAGCAUCUACAUAAAAUGGGAAUUGUUUAUAGGGAUUGCAAGCCCGAGAACAUUCUUCUCGACGACGCGGGCCACGUGCGCAUCUCGGACCUGGGGCUGGCCGUGGACGUGCCCGACGGCGGCAGCGUCCGGGGCCGCGUCGGAACCGUCGGCUACAUGGCGCCGGAGGUGAUAGACAAUGAACGAUAUACGUUUAGCCCCGACUGGUUCUCGUUUGGUUGUCUCGUGUACGAGAUGAUUGAGGGCCGAGCCCCCUUCCGCGCGCGCAAGGAGAAAGUCAAGCGGGAAGAGGUGGAUAGGAGAGUCAAGCACGAGCAGGUGGUGUUCUCGUCCAAGUUCGGCGAGAGCGCGCGCGGGCUGUGCGGCGCGCUGCUGGCCAAGCGCGCCGCGCAGAGGCUCGGCUGCGGGGCCGCGCGCCGCGGGGCGCAGCAGGUGAAGGCACAUCGUUUCUUCGACAACCUGAACUGGGCGCGCCUGGAGGCCGGCAUGGUGGACGCGCCCUUCGUACCAGACCCUCACGCUGUCUACGCCAAAGACGUGCUAGACAUCGAACAGUUCAGCACAGUGAAGGGAGUGAACCUGGACGCGGCGGACGACACCUUCUACGGCAAGUUCAACACCGGCUCCGUCAGCAUACCCUGGCAGACUGAGAUGAUCGAGACUGGCUGCUUCGCGGAACUUAAUGUGUUCGCUAGAGGAGAGGACAGCAAGGAGUGUCCGACAGUGGACCUGCAGCUGGUGCCGCCCGCGGCCGCGCAGGAGGACGACAAGGGCUGCUUCAUGUUCGCCAGAAGGGUGCUAUGUCCUCAGAAGAAGGUAUCCGCCCGCCUCCGCGCGGUGCCCGUGCCCGAGCACCUGCUGCCGCCCGACACGCCCGCGCCCGCCCCCGGGCUGACCCCCGCCCCCGGGCAGGUCCCCGCGCAGCCCCCCGCACAGCCCCCCGCCAACAGCUGACCGCGCACGCUGACUCUAUACACCAAUAUAAACAAACACUCGUAGAAACACACGAUUAGACACGGCCAUAUUACUUUUUGAGACUAAUUUAGUCUGUUGUUAUAUAUACUUACUGACCUAAUAACUAAAUAUGACCUUUGAUUUGGUAAGAAAAACUAAUCACUACUUUUGACAAUGGUUCAAUAAGGUUUUGGAUUGAUUUGAACCGUUUAAAUACGCAAUUUAACUUAUUGUUAAAAAAAAUCUUAUUUUCUCAAAUCUUAGAUUCUUUGCAAAAAUAUCGUUAUUCUAACCGGCUCUGAUCUCCAAACUCAAGAUUUAGUAAAUUUGACAACAGAUGAAAUUAAAAAAUAUAUAAAAAAAGUCUAAAAAAUAUAUGUGUCCCACUUAAAUGAAAAAAGAAAUUUGGCUAACUAAGCAAUAAAAAUUGUAAAAAUAUAACUUAUGUGACGACAAAGUGUCAAAGAAUUGAUGUCGUAUUGUCCUAAAAUGUCCGGUAACUCAUCUACCAAUAACGAUAGAUUAUUUUUAAUGUAUAGACAAUUUUGUCUGCCGUUUGGUAGCGAAAUAAUUGAUAUGUUGACUGCCUCGGAAGGCUUGCGAAAAUGUAACAAGAAUUGUGUAGAAGGAAAUUAUAUAUAGACAGAAAAGAGUAUUAUAGUUCUAAAUAAAAUCUUAUUACGCACUCAAAUAAUAUGUGCUUUUUCCCUCACAACCAUGGCGUCAAAACUAUAAAACUUUCAACUCUUAAAAAAGACUGUAGUUUGAGUCAAACUAAUACGUGUUUUAAUCAAACAGUUUGACCUCAGAGCACUUAAAUAAUGAGUUUCCCUUCCCUCUUCACAAUUCUGUCUACAUUAAAAAAAACUGGCUAAAAGUCAGUAGCUAGGAUUGUAAGCUUAAGGUGUAAAGUUGUCAUACGAAAUCGGACUCUGUGCGUAUAGGAAUAAAAUACAUUUCUCCUUGUACCUGUCGGUUAAGUGUUCCCUUGUGACGUAACACUGUCAAUGUUGUUUUAGUAUCUAUUUUCUUGUUAUAUAAAUUAUAUAAUGACCAUACAACCCAUAGGUGCCUAGUACUCAGACUAAUGCAUCAAAGCAAUAUGAAGUAAAAGUAUUUUUAUUACGUCAGAUUGAAAUUGAACAGUUAUUACAUGAUAUCUGAAGGAUAAAAAUUGUCUUGAAGUUUAAGAGAGGGACUUGUGACGUAACGACUUCGUAAUAAUUACAUAGAUGUAACAUCACGCGUGAGAGUACAUUCAAUGGAAUAUGAUCGAUUUAUAUUUGCGAGGUAAAUGAAAAAUUAUUAUUUAUUAAAUUACAUUACGAGUAUUGAAAAAAAGCUUAUCGUUGUUCCUAUUGUGGUAACCAAGUGUGUUGGGAUAAAGCGGGGUCCUGUAUUUAGAUAGGAUAACCCUAUAUAAACACUUUUAGUCUGGUGUGUUAACCGACAUCGGUCGCCUGAUAUAAGGUGUCUAGGGGAUGUAUGGUCUAUGAAUAACUCUCUUUAAAGUACAAAAAAUAAUAUUAAUUGGACUUUUGUGAGGUUAAGG